GAAGCACCACGUUGUAAAACCAUGGUUAAACUCACCUCGAUCAGUCUCUGUUCACUAGUGUCCGGGCAGCCCUAUAAAUAUGGGGUGGUUAGUCCAGACCCUUUGGAUUAGCGAUUAAGGAAGCAGAGACUCUCUGGGGACGACGAAGGCCAAAAGUAGACUCUCCCCAGUCACUGAAUUCAUUUUCGUUUUUGGGAAUCAGUUACCAUGCAUCCACAAGCUGCAGUCCUGCCUGCUGAUAUUGGUCUUCACUGUACCGAUGAGGAGCUCUGUAUGUUUAUGUUUUUACAGAAACUUAUAAAUGGAUCACCACCUCCAACAAAUGUGAUCAAUGGUGUAAAUCCUUACCAAUACAUGCCCUCAAAUUUACCGCCUGGUAGUCUUUGGUACUUGAUUUGCUCUAAUGAAAGCAAAGAUACAAAUCUUGGAUACUGGAGGCCCAAAGAGGAGGCAUGUAAAAUAUUCUCAGACUCUACCAUCACUGGUUGGAGAACUACCCUUGAAUUCUAUGAAGGCCGAGCACCUCAUGAACGAAAAACCAAUUGGGUAAUGCAAGAAUACUGGAUAACUUACGAGAAAGUUUCCGAAAACAGCAAGAUAAAGGAAGCCGGUUUGCUUUGCAGAGUCCAAUCUAUUGGUGCUGAACCGAAAUCAAACUGCAAAAACCUCGAGAAAAAGGUUACUUCUGAUGUUGCUAAUCACUUCACACAACCAGUUGUUCCACUCGUGGAGAAACGUACUGGACACGCUUCCACAAGCAAGCCUCAGGUGAUCAAGGAUAAUGAAACAGGAACGUUAACUGUUACAGAAAGGCUUCCAGAUCAUCAAAUAGAAUUCAUGCCCGAGACUGAGAUAGAUUUUCCUUUCGGAGAUGACUACAUAGAAUUGCUGGAUCUUGAUAGACCAGCAUCAUUUUCUUCUAGUUCAGAUUCAAGUUGCUUGACAAUAUCAUCAGACGAAUGCUUCGAUUCCCUGGCUUUGUUGGAAGAACUAGAAACCAAAACUAGUCAAGACCGUGCAAAUAAGAAUGCAGGCUGCAAAUUCAGUAUUUCAGUAUCUCAAAGACCAGAUGAGUUGGUUAUGUAUGCAGCUGCCGCUUCCUCAGGAUCUUUGAACAAAUCUCCAAGUGAAGAAAUGGUCAAAAGUCAUUCUUCAGUUCCCAGUUCAACAGUCUGCGUUAAGAGUAAAGAAAAGACUACAAUGAAACUGAGCAGAAAUCAAAAACCAGACCAAAGGAAUGAAGGUUUCUCGAAUUCACAUACGACAACACCUCCAGCAGGAAAGAAGGCUACUGUUGUCAAAACUAAGAAGCUUAAGAAAAAGUAUCUUUGCUGCUUGCCAUGUUAGAACUUAAUGUUUUUGUUCUACACUGUAGUUAUUUUUGUAUAAAAGGGAAUUGAUUAGCAAGCAUAUAUUUAUAAUGUUCAGAGGUGAGGUUCAGGGUUUAGGAAGAAAGGGUAGGACACUAAUGUUCCAGGAGAAAAAGGAAGGUAGGAGAUUGAUUACACUAUGUUUUUGAUUAAUUGUAAUGUAACAACAGAUUUUUUCGACAUUUUUGUGAGUCAAGUGUUUUCUUUAGCUA